AUGUCUACUUCUUCGUUGUCCAGUUGCCACCGUGGGAAAAAAGAAAAUAAUCGACAACCACGGACAAUUUUUUUUUUCUUUUCUGUUUUUUUUUUCUUUUCUGUUUUUUUUUUUUUCGCUUUUUUUUUUUUUUUCUUUCUUUCUUUCUUUCUUUCUUUAUUUAUUUAUUUAUUUAUUUAUUUAUUUAUUUAUUUCUUCUCCCUCCCUCUCUUUUGUUUUUCUUUGAGAAUUUUUUGUCUUCCCACUUGUUUCCUCUUUUCUAUGAUGUUUUAUCUUUGUUUUUUUUUUCUAUCUUCUUUUUAUUUUAACUCUAUUCCCUUUUCUUCUUCCCCUCUUUCUUUCUUGUCUUUCUUUCUUGUCUUUCUUUCAACGUCAUUUUCGCCAUUAUCAUUCUCCUUUCCUCAUCUCCUUUUUUCUUUCUUUCUUUCUUUUUUGCAGUUUUUUUUCACACUCCUUUCUUUUACUUUCGUCUUUUUCCCUUUCGCCGUUUUUUUCUCUACGUUUCUUUCUUUCUUUUUUUUCUUUCUUUCUUUCUUUCUUUCUUUCUUUCUUUCUUUCUUUCUUUCUUCUCCCUCCCUCUCUUUUGUUUUUCUUUGA